CGUCUUCAGCGAAUCAUCUAAUGAGAGAAAAGAGGCACAAAUGCGAUUUCUGUGGCAAGCGAUUCACGCACCGCCAUCACCUCAAAACCCAUGAGAAAACCCACACCAACGAGUUGGAACACGCGUGCUCGUUCUGCGAGAAGCGAUUCAACCGAAAAGAUGUUCUUCAGGUUCACGAACGAUCCCACACCGGGGAGAAACCGUACAAGUGUCGGUUCUGUGACGAAGUUUUCUCAGACUGUCGGAUGCGUACGAGACACGAAAGUCGCUGUCAUCCCAACAAGCAAUACAUUUGCGAACAGUGCGGAGAGAUUUUCGGCUUAGAUCGACGGCAGUUUUCCUCUCACAUGAAGAAAACGCAUCGGUCCGCUGUUUACAAAUGCGAAUUCUGUUCAUUGACUUUCGGCAGCUUGCACGGCAUGCAGGACCACAUCGUCAAAUAUCACCAGGAUCCGGAAACCCCCCCGGCGCCUCGACGGCCCCACCACAACUACCACCAUAACCGAAAUCCCAACCAGAUGAGUCAGCAGCAGCUGCACAUGCAGCAGCUGCAUCAGGACCAGCGGGUGCAACAGCGGAUGCACAUCGCCGAACAGCAUCGUGACCACCAGAUCCAGCGUCAGAACAUCCGGAACCAGCAGCUGAUACAGCGGCAGCAGAUGUCCGGCGUGACCUUACCGUUUAAGUGUACGUUCUGUACCCGAGGAUUCAACCGGAAAGACUGCUGGAAAAAGCACGAAAGAUCUCACACCGGAGAAAAACCCUACCGGUGUCGCUUCUGCAUGGACAUGUUCGCGUGCACGACCGCCCGCGCUCGUCACGAGUGCAAGGUGCACCAGGGUGAGAAGUACUAUUGCGAAGAGUGCAAACAAGAGUUUCCCAGUAAGCAAAUGUACAACUCGCAUAUGAAGGGCUCGCAUCCCGACGAAUCUCAACAACGCUGCAGUCUCUGUCCGAAGAGCUUCAAAGAAAGCGCUGAAUUGGAACGACACGUCCAAGCGAUGCACUCCGGUCACGACGAGCGACUGAUGAGAGCGUGUAGUUCGUUACUUGGGUCCCAAGUCAAGGAUGAGUCAAUGCUGAAUGCGAAGGAGUCCGAAAGGCAUUUCAUUGCGCCUCAAGUUCUCGAAGACGACGACCACGAGGAGGAUAUAUACGAUAGGUGAACGAAAUCCGACAACAUGAAUAUUUACUAUCGCUAUUGAUCACUCUAGUCAGAGAAUAUCCACCCGAGUCGGGGCGACUUCGAUAGAUAAUCACACGACGACACCUUCUCCAAACACCGGACAGGACUAAUAUUUUUUUGCGUUUCUCACGCGAGCGAUGGUGGCAUUCUGUUUUAGACCUCGGCCGUAAAGUUUAAAGUGAGUUUUUUUUGGUAUAUUACGCUACGGGACGUAGCAUACGACUGAAUUCCUCGAUCAGCUCUCGGAGAAAUCCCAUUCGGUGCCGGGGGGAAAUUCGUCGUAUUGGUUUAAAAAUUGCGACUUAUCAGCGAGUGUCUCGAGUUCUCUCACGGCGGCUCGCAUCUUUGUUUCCUGGCCUCUUUGAAUUUUGAAAUUUCGGAGAGCCCAAGACGAGGUUGCGUUCGCUCCUGGGCCAUCACUCCUGGUGGUGCGGUGAGUCGCUGUUCGGUGCGGAUGCCCACGGAAACUUUCACGGUGAUACAAGCUCGGGACAUUCUUUUGUCGGAAGCUACGUUGUAUGUACAUAAAUAAUUUCAGCUUCCGCUAGUUUCCUUUGGUCACAUUCUUCUGGAGAUUAUGUCUAUCCGCUGUGUAGUGUGCUUUUUCAUUCGUGUAAACACUCGUCUUCAGACCGAGUCUGCGUUGAAGUCGGAACUCUUUUUCUGUCGGUCGAAGCCUCUCGGGCUCUCACUAUAUUCCGAUUUUCGAUGACGGUCCAAACAUACAAAUCAAAACCGAAGUCCGCGAACAGGGAUCCAGGGUUGUCCGCCCACAACGCAGAGCCAUUCAUAUACAUUAAUUACCCUUUCUGUUACAAUAAAUGUAUAGGAUAAUUGAGAGAGUCUCUCAAAUGGAGGGGACAUACAUCAGAAACUACAUACCUAUAUAAAUAUAAGUGAGCCGCCUGACUAGUUCUCCCUUCUCACGAUUUACGCAUCGAUCCUAGGACCGGUGAGAUAAACUAAAUAUCAAUUUAGCCGUAUUCUGUCAUCAUACGAUGUCUCUUCGAGGACGAGGAAAACGACUCGCUUCCUGAAGAAUCAUGAUGAUAAUGACGAUGGUGAGCAUGGCGAAGACGAUGAUUACUGUGGCUGCGUGCUGAGGAAAUUCAGGAAAGGUGGACGAAUAUCCGCAUGACGACACG